AUGCCACUUGCCAGUGUCGAUCAACACGGCUCACAAUAUUGUUUUGAGGACACUGGGCCUGCUCAGUCCUCCGACUAUACAACGCUCGUUUUGGUCCACGGCGCGUGCUUCCAAGCCGCAAUAUUCGAGCGAUUGUUUGUUCAUGCAGCCGCGCACAAUAUGCGCCUUGUGGCUGUGAACAUGCGGGACUAUCGCGGUUCCACACCUUACUCCGCAUCCGAGCUGGCUGACUUGAGCAGUGCAGAUGUGGCGAGACAGACCGCCGCAAUUCGCGCUCGCGGGCUCGAACUCUUGACAUUUAUUCUCUGGCUUAUUCGCACCGAGGGUAUUCCUCCUCUCUCUCCCGCCAGCUCGGGGAAUAGCAAAGGUGGUGGGGGAAUAGCGUUACUUGGCUGGUCCUGGGGAAACAAGAUCACACUGUCCUGCGUCGCACAGGCGAGUCACCUUUCGCCGGACGACGUCGAGACCCUAGGAAGGCAUAUGCGAACUUUGAUUCUCUUCGAUCCUAGCCCUCGUGCCUUCGGCGCUCCUGCUUCCUCCCUCGAGGAAUCUUAUAAUCCGUUGAACGACGCUUCUCUGUCGCCGGAGGCAAAACAGCGCGUCUUUCCUGACUGGGUUUCCGGAUACUAUUCCCACUCGUUGGACGGUUUCCCAUCUCUACAUCGAGAUGAGCUGCUCGCAGGAUUUGCGAGAGAUCCGAUCGCAAACCCCCCUCCCCAUCAGUCAGCAACCUUGCACCGCAUAUCCAGUGACGAAUUCGCUCGCAUCAUCAACGCCGACGUCGUUGCGCGGUCGCAUCUCUUCUACGAGCUAGUGGACGGCAAGGUAUACGCCGACAACACGCGCGUGGCCUUGCGUAGCACGUCCAUUUGGCCGAAUAUUCGUGUGGUACUGGUUUGGUGCGACAUGUCAGUCAGCGAGACGGUUUUGCCGGCUUGGGGCCUUCUGCGCCAGGUUCAGGAAGACUGGCCAACCAAUGGUCGGGCCAUUCACUCAGUUCGUCUGAAAGGUGCCAAUCACUUUCCACACUGGGAACGGCCGAAACGCACGAUGCAGCUAUUCGACGACUUGAUACGGUCGCAACGAAUCCCGGAAGAUGUGGAGAUGCAAGGCACGGAGCCAGUGUAUUCCAAACUGUGA